CUUGUUGAGGACUUCAGGAAAACUGCGGUGAGUUUUCAGUUGAGUACCAUGCGCUUAGAUUUGCCAUGUGAAUCAACAAUUUUCUCAAUAAUAUCUUUAAAACUUUCUUUACUACUAAUAGGCAGAAUGCAGAAAUAAAUUGAGCUGAAACUGUUAACUUAAGAUACCCGAUGCGAAUUAAAUCAGUAGAUGAGGAUAUUGAGAUGGGUAAGAAAAGAAAGAAGUCGGAUAAAAUUUGUAAAGACAGACUCUCAAGUGAUGAAGAAGCUCCAGACUCGGUCAUAGGUUGUGAACAUGUUGCUAAAGCAGUGAGUCAAAGUCAAAUACGAAAGACCCUAAAAAAUGCAGCUAUCGGAGCAUGUGUGGAAUGUACCAAAGACAAAUCUGACACGAAUGAUGCAGAAAGUUGCCAGGAAGCUGGAGUGUGGCUUUGUUUAGCAUGUGGCUACCAGGGCUGCGGUCGAUAUUCUACCAAUCAACAUGCAUUGAAGCACUACAAUACCCCUCAUUCUGGAUCUCAUUCUCUAACUGUUAAUAUCUACACAUGGGUUGUUUGGUGUUAUGAGUGUGAUAAAGAAGUCCCUCAAGAUGCCCACAAAAAACUAGAGGAAUGUCUGCAAUUUGUCAAUAAACAGAUGAGAGCAAUUUCCAAAGUAACACCUUCAAUGAAGAAGAAAAAACAAGAAUCAAAACCAGAAGAUGGAGCUUUGAAGAAAACAAUCAACAUUGGAAAGACAGAUGUACCAGUAAAGGUCAAGGGGUUGAGCAAUCUUGGCAAUACUUGUUUCUUCAAUGCUGUCAUGCAGAUCUUAAAUCAGACGUAUGUACUUAAGGAUGUCCUUGACAAGGUGUGGAUGGCGCGAGAAAUUACUAUACCCUAUGAAACUAAGUUGGUACUUGACAUUGCAUAUUCCUCAGAAGAGGAAGAAGAAUUAGAAGACCAAUCGGAUAAGCAACUUAUUAAUACUUUGAAAAUACAUUUACCUGAGGGAAAUCCCUUGACACAGGCAUUAGCUCUCUUCUUUAACAAGAUGCGCGACACUAGCCGUAGCUGUGCUGUCAAUCCAAGGGACCUUUUCAACAAAGUAUGCGACAAAGCUUCAAGGUUCAAAGGUUACCAGCAACAAGACAGUCAUGAACUUCUGCGUUAUCUUUUAGAUGGAAUGAAGAAUGAAGAAUUUAAAAGAAUGAAGGAUGGAAUUCUAGCUUCAUUUAACAUGAAAAGGAGUAUGAAACCAGAUAAUGUUGACUCUGAAACAAGGGCCAAGAUUAAAAACUAUGGUACAAUGUGUAAGCAUACGUUUGUGGACAGUGUGUUUGGUGGUUACCUCAUCAGUGCAGUGCAUUGUCAGAAAUGCAAGCAGAUAUCUGAAGUACAUGAGGCAUUCCUGGAUCUUUCUCUACCAAUUUCAGAGGCAAAGAUAAGGAAACCUACCUUGCUGAGUAUGGCUGAUGAAAAACAGAAUAAGAAAGAGGAUAAACCAAGUAAACACCAAAUAAACAAAGCAAAAAAGCAAGCUCGCAAGCAGGCUAAGUGCUCGAAGAAAGGAAGUGGGAAUAAAAAUGAAGAAGAGUCACAUGGGAACAAUCAAUCCGAAAAUGAGACCGAUCAUUGCAAUGACAACUAUGAUCCGAAUGAUGCCGAUAGUGAAACAUCCCUGGAUCCCCGCCUUAAAAAUAAAAUGGACAAAACAAUGGACCCUGGUAAUUUAUCUGAUGUAAGUCAUUUGGAUAUACCAGCGAGGAUCGAGGAUAAUUCGAAACACUUAGAGUCUAAAAAUGCUGAAGAGAGCAGUAGUCAGGCCGCUGAUAUUGAGCUUGUAAAUAAAUUUUCAAAUCUGAAACUUUAUGAUGAAGGAAACUCCUCCCAGCCAAAUGGGUAUUCUGCGGAGAUGGAAAGCGAAGAGGAUCCUGUUGGGAAAAUAAAAUUGGUAAAUGAUUUGACGUCAACAUCUGAUGCUAAGCAUGUAGAACAAAACACUUCCAAGGAGCCGUUAUCUAACGAAAGUGAUGAUUUGAACAUUAGUAAGAAUUCGGACGAAAACAAUGCAAUAGAAGAGGGCAAUAAUGUACAAAACACCGGCGCGACUGGUAGUCCGGCAAAUGAGGCUGAGCCGUCUAAUGGCAUGGAUGAUUCUGUCUUCGAUGAAGGGGACGAUUCUGAAGCUAGUAAAUCAAGCAUGGCAUGUGGUGGUCCGGAAAAACAACAGAUUGUGAAAAGGAGAUCAAAGAGCGUUAGCAGUAUGCGUCGCUACGAGGCAAAGACAAAUGAAUGUUCCGUGCAGACAUGCCUUCAGCAGUUCACACUGCCUGAGCUGUUAACAGGCUCUAACAGAUUUGGGUGUGAAAUUUGCACUGAGCAGGCAGGCACCGGGAAAACUGUGUACCAAGAUGCUAGCAAGCAGAUGCUAAUUCAACGACCGCCUUCCAUUCUAACUUUACAUAUUAAACGGUUUAUGCAGAAUGGUUUUAAUCUUCGUAAGGUAACCAGGCAAGUGGAUUUUCCAUUAAUGUUGGACCUUGCUCCAUUCUGCAGCACAAACUGUUGUCAAUUUGCAGAUAGCAAAGACAGAGUGAUGUACGCCCUCUACGGUGUUGUUGAACAUAGUGGUAGACUUCAUUCUGGUCACUACACUGCAUAUGUAAAGGUUCGAGCAAGUAAUCCAGAUCUUCUACAAUACACUUUAAGCAUACCUCAGAGUAGUCACAAGAAAAAUCAGGCCAAUAGUUCAAAUGGGAAUCCGAAGAUGAACAAUAAUAGCAGUAAUCAUAAUGCCAAUGCAGUUGAACACUCCCCAACUGCUCAGGACAGUAAUAAAAUUAAUGGUGAGACCACAAGAGAUACAGAUACACCACCCAAAGGUAAAUGGUUCUAUGUGAGCGACUCUCAAGUCACGGAAGUUGCAGAGUCCAAGGUUUUGAAGGCCCAGGCUUAUAUUCUUUUUUAUGAGUUUUUAAAUUUUAACCACUGAAGGAGGACAAUGGAAAUCACAGUUGAAUUAAUAGGAAGGCCUGCCACGCGUAGUACGUGUAUAUGCAACGAAAUGUGCCAGAUGUGAUUACUCAAUCCACUAUGUUACGCUAGCCAUUAUGCCCCCAUUUUUACAUGGGCCAAGCAAAACUCUAGACACUACUUGGAAUUUUCUAACACCCAGACUUGAAAAAUCUAUAAUUGUGGUCAGUGUAAAUGACUGGUAGUACCUUCUGGGUUCAUUCAGUAUAGGACAAUCAAGGAACACACCGGAACCAGAAAUAUAAACGGCAUUGACCUUGACUCGGUUUACUGUUCUUGACAUAUGCUGAUGCUUAGGUCAUUGAAAUUUCAACUAUAUUUAACUCGUUAAAUUUGUGACAAAUUGCUUAUUCAACGUGCGCAUUUGAACAAAAAUAUUGGUUAAAUAUUAAGUAUUGCUAAUUAAUUAAAUCACCGCUAGAUUCCAUGCUCAAUGAAAACAAUACAUUUAUAUUUCCAAGUAAUUUUUUAUAUAGGAUGGCAUUUGAUCCAUGUUCACUGUCAGUUUAAGUGAAUGAAACUCAAACUCCUCCCAUACAUUUUUGAUAUGUGUAAAUACGAUAUACACCUGGUAUCACUCUAUUGGUAACGUGGGUAUGUCCAACGUGAUAAUGCAUUUGUGUUUCAGUUUACACAUUUUUUUAGUUUGAAUGCCUGGUAUUAAGAUGUUAUCCUGAAUAUUAUGCUAGUUAAAAAUAUCCUGAUUUCAUAGCUUAUGCAUUAUGUAAUUACUAGCUGAGCUGAAGCUCUUAAUAAUAUAUACACUACUAGAAUAACCUAAAUCUGAAUUGUUAAUAUUUUUGUACUAUGUUCAUGUAUGGCUGCAUUCCAGUAGAACCAUGGUCGUGACUUCACAGGACUUACUCGCAGGUGACUGUCCUGUGAAAUCGUGAAAGUAAAAAGAAACUGAUUUUUAUGUUGUAAAUAACAGUCUUGCAUUGCAACUAACUUCAUGAAACAUUGUCCAAUUAACUAUUAAGUGUAUACCUGAAUUUUACAAUUUUAAAUUUAUAAGAAUAACAAAUUUUAAACUCAACUAACCCAAAUGCAGGGAUAAAUAGUUACGGAUUGUGUUUGCUUUUUUUUUAAAUUUUUUUAUUGAAAGUUGUUCAGAGAGAACAUGCGUUGUUUACAGUAUUAUCGAAUGUUAUUACCAUACGUGACGUAAAUAAUAUACUAAUAUGCACAGUGUUAAUUGCAAAACCUGUUGUGUAUUCAGUUAAACUUGCCUAAGUCGAAUCCAAAAUGCCAUUGAAAAAUUGUUCGACUUAGAUAAAAUUCAACUUACAGAUUGUUAAUUAAUGGAAAACACAACAAUUUGGCUUGUGAAAUAAGUUCAACUUAGAAAUUAUUUGAGUUAGGCAAAGUCGACUUAGACAGGUUUAACUGUAUUGAAGUUUGACCAAAUGACAGCAACAUAUCUAAACCAAAACCAAAAAUGACAUUGUCAAUAACUUUUUGGAAUGUGAAAUGUUAAGGCGAACUCAGAUAUUGUUGUAUGAUGCAGCUUGUGUGAAUUAAAUGCAGUCAUGACAUAGAAUAUCAGUAGAACAUGUUUAGUAUUCUCUGGACGAACAAGACUGUCCCCAACAAUAAAUUAUGUCAUGUCUGUCAGACUGCAUUGUACGACAAUGUCUGUGUUGGCUUUUGCAUUAUUUUGUUUUACCAUCGACACUAGAUUUCUUGGCUUGUUUCAUCAUUAAGUUUAAUCAAACAACUUCAUUUAGCUUCAAGUGUGGUAAGAUAAUGGAAAGCUACCUUUGAGAAACAAACAACCCUUAACAUGAAUGAAAUGUGAUAUACUAAGUUGAUUUAUACUAUCUUAUCAUUUGAUUUGUUUUACAAUUGUUACUAAAAUUCUAGACUGUUUUGUUAGUUUUUUUUACCAGAUAUGGUAAUGAAAGUUCGUAUCAUGCUAUGGCAUGAGCAGAUUGUGAGGUUAGUCUAUUUAUGAAGGCUAGGAGGACCACACUUAGCUUCGCGACACUAUGACUUUAGUAUUGAAAGUAUAACAUGUUAGAUGUUCAGUACUGUACUGUUCCAUUGCUGAAAAGACUAAUGUGCAGAACUCUAUGGUUCUUCUCUAUUAAACAACUAGAAUAUUAAUAGAUUAAAUUUUGUUUUGUUAUUGAUACAACCAAAAAAUGCCAAUUGUUGUAGCAAUAUUAUGUUUGUCUGGUUACGCUAUGCAGACAAAUUCAAUUAUUAGCAUUCAGUUGAAGUACAGUAAUUGUUUUUUAAGACUUCUGGGACUAAAAAGUAUUAAUAAGCCUGUGGUGAAACAUAAAGCUGUUGGCUUUUAUUUAAAAGAUCUGAGGUUUGAGUCCGAUGCUGAUAAUGGUAUGUCCGUAUUGACAAGAUACUUUGUGUCUUAUUAAUAUCACCAAGAAAAAUGAUGGCAUUUCCACUAAUAACCUUUAUCAAAAAGUUAAUUAACCUGUGGGGCAUCUCUGUGUCUUAUCAAGAAGUAGGAUGGAUGUUUCCACUAAGCACGGUCCCUUUGCUGGUGGUGGGUUAGUUAAGGUCCCACAAAACAAUGGCAUAAACAUUUGUAAACUUUGUGACAUGCAUAUAUUAUAUUCCUGACCCCUGGUCUGAUUGGUCAGUUAAGUAGAAAAGUCAGCAAGUACCUGAUAGAAAGGUUUGGAUGCCAAUGCUAGAUAUACCGUAAAUGAACAAAUACCUGCAGUGGCACUAUCAAAUCUUUGGAGACUUCAGUGCAACAAUUAUUCCAAAUUAUUGAAGGGUUUAAAAAGUACAAGGUUGUACAUUUGCUUAUCUGACUUCAUGCAGCGUUGUAAUAUUUAAUCUCUGAAAAAUUGGUUGAUUAUUUGAACAUGAACAUUAAGACAUGUUGGGUAGAAUUAUGAACUUGUUAAUAAAUAAAAUAAUUUCUAAUAAUAAUGAUAAUAAUAAUAUUGAGCCUUAGUGCAUCUACCAAAUAAGCGCCGCCUCGAAUAAGCGCCGCGCCAUACCUGAUUUUUUUAGCUUAGCGCCACUCUCGAAUUAGUGCUGCCUGCUUAAUCGAGAGUAUAUAUUACCCUGUGUGUAAUGAAACACUCUAAGAAAUAGGGAAUUCAAUAUGUACAGUGUUAAAAUAAAUAAAACAAUGAAGACACAAGCAGUUUUUUAAAAAUGUUUAUUUACGAUGAUGUAGGACCUAAGAUAGUCCAACUGAAUACGUGAAAAAGGUAACAUAGAGGAACAUGUUCAAUGAAAACAGUGAUGUUUGGUAUGCUUAUUCAAGAUAGCUUAUUGGAUUGUUUAACUUUAGAUCAUUUAAGGUGUUCCAUGGGAGUUUGAUCGGUGUAAUAAUGUGAUGCGCAAUGGCAUGAUAUUAUAUGUUAGACUGAAAUAUUAAUUUUAUUUAAUAACUAUUGACAUUAAUGAUUGUUUUAGUCUUUUAUUUUAGCAAUUAGGAUUACAGCAGGAAAAGUCAUGUCUUUUAAAAUAAAAUUAAAAUACAGUAUGAGAGUUUACUGAUAUAAA